AUGUCAAAAAAACGCACCAAAUCUCUUCCUCCCCAACAACAAGUACAACAACUCCCAUACACAACAACCCAAUCAUCACCCAACAACAACAACAACACAACGAGAGAUGUUUCAACCCUAUCCUCUUCCAAUAUUGCUGCUUCUCAAGUAUUCAUGAACACUACUCACUCUCCCAUUGUGUCCUCAUCAUCGGAUCAGCAAUUACCUUCCAUGAUUCCAUCGUUCUCUUCUCCCAUUCCGAUCCAAACCAUUACCUCCAACAAUACCAUUGGGACAGGAGUGACCUCACCUCUAGGAUCCUCUCAACAACAUGCAUCCUCUUCUCCUCGAAUCCAUUCACUUCUAAAUCAUCAUCAUCAUACCUCACCGAGAGGAGGAACAGUACCACCCACAACCACAACCACAACCACACUCUCAAAUUCCUCUUCUUCAUUAUCAUCUUCGGAGACACCAAUGAUUCACUCUCCUCUGUUCAUGAAUCAACAACAAUAUUUGGAAACGAACCAAAUUCCGUCUCCUCAAAAAUCAAUCCAUUCCUUCUCUCAACUACAACAACAACAACAACCAUCGACAACUACAAGUAAAAACUUGACACCACCUUCAGCAAUUUCAUCUCUAUCAUUGGACACAAUAUUGAGAAAUGCAACCAACGAGCUCAAACAAUUAAAUUCCACUCUCGCAACAGCAAUUCCAACCAAACCACUCACCUUCUCAGAUUUACCUAACGAUUUACUUCAUUACAUUCUUUGCUUUUUAGAAUUGAAAGACUUCUUAUCGUGCCGACUCACGAAUCGAGUGUUUCAUAUAUUGGCUGAGAAUGAAUGGCAACGACAUUAUCGAGCUGUGUGGGAAGUUCCUCAUCGUCUCGUAUUUUGGGAUAUUGAUACACCAAUCGUUUCAUCAAGACAAUCGUUUUUGAUUGGUGCACCAAUCUUACAUUCCGCCUUGACCUUAACACCUCAGAACAUGUGA